GACAUUAAAAAAAGUAAAGUUCAUUCUAAAUGAAACGAAAUGUGCGAUUUUUGCUGUGAUAUGUGGAUAUUUUAUCAUGAAUUCAUCAUAUUUCAUAGUUUUAUGAAGUGCCAACUCAAUGUAUGAAGUGCUAAUUAUAUAUGUUAAGAGUACUUUUAGUAUUUACAGUGUAAAUAAAUAAAUUUUAGCAACAAUGUAUUCCGGCAAAGAUGCCGUAAACCCGUCAUAUCCCACGCAGUGGGCCUUGAAUCCUACUGCGUAUCAAAAUGUAGAUUCCAACUCAGUAGACUGGGCCGCAUUAGCUCAACAAUGGAUAGCUAUGAAAGAAGCAGCGGCCAUAGUCGGCGUGCCAACGAAGACCGACAUGGAAGAAGGCGAAGCUCCUAUGGAGGUGGAAAAUCCCGACACAAACAGCGAUGCGUCAGGGCCAGCUGACUGGAACGCCAGCUCUAACUCUUGGGGCAACAACUGGAAUCAGUGGGGAUGGGGUAACAUGCCGUCAGACGCGGCCAUGAUUCCAGGCAUGAUGGAUGGCUACAAUGGGCCAAGCGAUGCUGCUACUGCUAUGCCUGGAUACACAACAGCGGGCGUUGGAGCGCCGACGUUCCAGCACGGAUACUGGACGGCGCCGCAGCCCGAGGCCAACAACCGGAGUACCUCGCGCGACCGUUCUAAACGAAGCAACAGGGACUCCAAGUCAUCAAGAAGUCACCGCUCGCAUCGACCAAGAGAAAAGGCGCCGCCGGUAGCACCGCCAGUGAUAGAACCAGUUAUGGUUCCGGCGGUGGCGCCUACACCGACCAUCGAUGCGGCGAAAAGAAGGCAGCUGCCAGCGUGGAUUAGGGAAGGUUUAGAAAAGAUGGAGCGAGAGAAGCAGCGCGCGAUCGAGCGCGAACAAGAGAAGCAAGCGCGCGAAGAAGCGGAGAAACAAAAGAAGCUUCUAGAAGAACAGGAACUCGAGCGGAUGAAGGCCGAGGCGGAGGCCAGCGGGCAGCCGCUGCCGCCGCCUAAAAGCAAAUUCGACACAGACUCGGAAGGCGAGUCGGAAGAGAAGGAGGAAGUGGAAGUGCCGCCGCCGCCCGACAUCAGCGCGCCCGCGCCCGCGCCGCGCGCCCGCGCCGAGCCCCCGCAGCGCUCCAAGGAGGACAUCAUGCAGGAAGUGAUGAUGGCAGUCCGGCGCUCUCUCACUGAGAUCCUCCUGGAGGUGACCGACCACGAGAUUCAUACGGUGAGCCAAGAAGAGUUGGCCCGGUAUAACGCCGCACAAGCGUCGCGUCUCAACGCCAUCAAAGCUAGCAAGUCCAAGGCGCUCGCUGCUAUCGCUAGUGGUCUUGGGCUGGGCGCGUACGAGAGCAGCAGCGAGGACAGCGGCGACGAGCAGCGGGACGAGCUGUCCGACCAGCAGCUCCAGGACAUAAUCAAGCGCAAGCGAGCGGAUUUCGAGCGGACGUCGCGCGAGAUCGAGGCCGAGGUGCGGCGCGCCGAACUCGGCGAAACUUCGCCACCGGCCACGCCGGAGCCGCACACACGUGCAUCAGCGACGCCGCCUCCCGUGGACAGCGACACGCCAGAGAAGCCCCCGGAGCGGCGCCUCUCCAGGGACAAGAAGAGCAACCACAAAUCCGUGGACAAGGUCGACGGAGUACGGAAACUCGACACCAUACUAGAGGAGAAACUAAAGAAGUCCAAGAGGGACCGCACUCCCACCCCGCCCAAAAACAACAACAAAAAUAACAAGGAACGCUCUUCCUCCCCCUCCAGUGAUUCAGAAGAAGACUCUUCCAGCUCCAGCGAAUCGUCUUCCCCUAGCGAACCCGAAGUCAAAGUAGAAACCAAACCCAAAAAACGCAAACGGUCUUCCUCCAAAGAGUCCCGCCACAAAUCAAAGAAACAAAAGAAGGAAAAGUCUCACAAGUCGGAGAAAGAUGACAGAGGCCGCCACUCGAAGACGAAACACUACGACGAUUACGAGGAAAAAUCUAGAUCUAAACGUAAAGACGAGUACGACAAGUACAAAAGGAGUAGGGAUCACGACAGACACAAGGAUAAAUAUAGGGAUGAGUCGGACGAGGAAAGGCCUCGGAAGAGGUCGAAGCGGUCACGGUCGACGAGCUACCGGUCGCGGGACCGCUCGGAAGAGCGGCGGCGCGAGAAGAGGUCGUACGACCGCAGCAGCUCCAAGCGCGAGCACGACAAGUACGAUAGGUAUGAGCGGUAUAGGGACGACCGACGGCGCGAGCGCAGCCGCAGCCGCUCCCGACACCGCCGAUGAACACGCCGACUCUACAGGUUGUAUUUCUUUUCUAUUACUUAGAUUAAGCACGCGGUGUAUACCCGAUAAGUGCCACUAGUUAGCGAUAAAGAUAACGAAAUAGUUUUAAACUUAGUUUUAACUGCGCUUUUAGUGCCUUCUGUUAAUUAAAACUUAUAUUUGUAUAUUUUACAUUUUUAAGCGGAAUCAUGUCCAACGUAGGGAUAAAGUACUGUAAACAUGCCAGAAACACAAUUUAUUUGCGACAACAAUUGUAAUGAUAACAGAUUUUCAAGAUAAGAAUGUGCUUCAUGCAACUUAUGAUUGUGUUUCUGACGUACCACAUUACGAAAAGGCUGUGAUAUAUUAUUUUUAUUUUUUUCUCUUGCAGGUGGCGAUUAGGGCUUGCUUCAGGUGUAUAUACUAGUAUUUGUGUAUAAUAUUUAAAGUGCACUAGCCUUGCUGCAUUACCCUUAUUCCAAUAAAUCUACAAAUUACA